GGUCAACGAGGUUCCUUGAAUCGUACUUUUCUUUGCUUCAAUGGUCCUCCAAGUUUGCCAAUAUUAAGGAGGCAGAUUUCUCAAUCACGUGUUUGGCACACAUUUUGGCUGCCUUUGCAAUGUAAUUACACCCUACUUUCCUAGUUGAAUGAUUUUAAGUUGCAUUGUUGUCAACGAUUUGCAAAGGGACGGUUGUGUUUGUAUAAACUUUGCAUCUCGUUCAACGGAAAAGUAACAAUUUUUUCCAGUUACGUUUGCUGCUUAGGAAAGUGUGAGAAAUAAUUGUCUUAGAAAGUGUGAAAUAAUGUUCCUAACAUUCAAAAGUAGUUUGUUUCUACGUUUUAACAUUGUUUUGUUUUACAAACAAGCACUUGGAAAUGACGUAGAUAUACACGUCAUAAGCAGACAUGAAAAUCAGAAACUGCAGAGACCUUCAAAUGUGGCUUUCCUACAGGGCUUCUAUUCAUUUAAUUAGCGUCUCAGUUUCUUAUAUGGAGGAAACAAUCAGAAAAGCUUGGAUACAAUGGUGAAAGCUACUCGCAGUUUUACUAUUAGGAAACCGAAUGAAAGUAUGAGGCAUAUCCUGUUACUUUUUGUUGGAGGAUUUUUCGGCUUAAUUGUAGGAGUAUCACUUCCACCACUGUCAAUAGCAAAGUUGAAUCUACCAUACGGCCUGCUUCAUCUCUCUUGUGUACAGGAAAAAUAUAUAGAUAGCAGCACCUCAUCCCAAGAUCAGUUUCCAAGUGAUGCAACAAAGAUAUGGGUUUCAACAAAUCCAAGAGGUGCAGAAAGAUUACCUCCUGGGAUUGUCAAUGCAGAAUCAGACUUAUUUUUGCGCAGAUUGUGGGGUCUUCCCAGUGAGGAUUUAACCUUUAAGCCAAAGUACCUUGUGACUUUUACUGUUGGGUAUGAGCAGAAAAAGAACAUUGAUGCAGCUGUGAAAAAGUUUUCAAAGGACUUCACAAUCCUUCUGUUUCAUUAUGAUGGCCGAACAACAGAAUGGGAUGAAUUUGAGUGGUCAAAACAGGCCAUUCAUGUCAGUGUUCACAAACAAACCAAAUGGUGGUAUGCCAAGAGGUUUCUACAUCCAGACAUUGUGGCACCAUAUGACUAUAUUUUCAUGUGGGAUGAAGACCUGGGGGUUGAGAAUUUCAAUGCAGAAGAAUACCUAAAACUGGUGAGGAAGCAUGGCUUGGAGAUAUCACAGCCUGCCUUGGAACCUAGUAAAAGUACCAAAGCGGUGUGUUGGAAUAUGACAAGGAGAAGAGAGCAUAGUGAAGUUCACAAAGAAGCAGUGGAACCAGGAAAGUGUAAGUACCCUCUUCUGCCUCCUUGUGCAGCGUUUGUUGAGAUUAUGGCUCCAGUGUUUUCACGAAAUGCAUGGCGCUGUGUGUGGCAUAUGAUUCAGAAUGAAUUUGUCCAUGGAUGGGGUCUUGAUUUUGCUUUUAGAAAAUGUGUUGAGCCUGCCCAUGAGAAGAUUGGAGUUGUUGAUACUCAGUGGAUUGUGCACCAAGGUAUUCCCUCACUAGGGAAUCAGGGAGAAACACAAACAACUGGAAAACCUGCAUGGCGAGCGGUGAAGGAGAGGUGUGGCAUGGAGUGGAGGAUGUUCCAGGGUAGGUUGACUAACGCGGAAAAGGGUUAUUACAAGUCCAAGGGAAUUGAUUUUUCUAAUUUGCUCGUUCAUAAUUAGGGGACAGCUCCAAAUUCUUACACAUACAUCGAUCACCACCGUUGUUUUUGUUUUCGAGAUUAUUAUUUUGAUAUACGAUUGUUUUAAUCUUGUAAGAUCAAGUUUGGAUAAAUUAUUCAAGGAACAAAAAGAAAAAAAAAUAAUAACUUUAACUUAUCUAUUACAAAAUCUUAUGCGUAGGUUAUCUGAACUUUUCUAUUGAAUUCGUGUAGCUACAUUUAAACCAUCAACUCAUGAUGUUUAUGUCCGGCGAAA